CAUGAUUUUCUCCCCAGAAAUUUUAUCCAUCUAAUGAUCUGUUGUUUAAAAUAGCAACAUGAUCCAUGAUUCAUGGCAAUAUUAAGGGCAACCAAAUUUCUCCACAAAGGUUCGAAGUAAUUGUGAACGAACUCCCUUCCUUCCUAAUUCACAGUAGUUCUAGAUACCAUAUCAUGCCCGAACUCGAUCCCUAUGAGUACCUUAACAUCAGGAUCGAUCCUGAUGGCACUGUCACUCGCCUCCUCAAUUUGCCACCUGCAAACGCAAACCCUGACCUGAACUCUGGUGCAGCCGUAUUCUCUAAAGAUGCCAUUCUCAGCGAGGAAAAGAACACUGCAGUUCGUAUUUACCUACCCUCCAAUAUCAUCACUAAACACGCCGCCGCCGCCACCACGGUGAACGAGAAAAUGCGUUUGCCUAUAGUAUUUCACUUCCACGGUUGUUCUUGGGUACAAUUUCGUGCCAACAGCACUAUUCUACAUGCAAGCCGGAGUUUGUUUGCAUUCACAAUCCCAGCUAUAGUCAUCCUUGUUGACUACCGUCUCGCGCCUGAGAAUCGACUGCCAGCACCAUAUGAAGAUGCGACUGAUGCACUUCUCUGGCUUCAAAAACAGGCUUUGGAUCCACAAGGUGAGAAAUGGCUUAAAGACUACGGAGAUUUUUCUAGGUGUUACCUUCAUGGGUCUGGUUGCGGAGGCAACAUUGCGUUUAACGCUGCCUUGCGCUCUUUAGACAUGGAUUUGAGCCCUUUAAAGAUCGAUGGUAUUAUUUUGAAUCAACCAUUGUUUGGUGGGCGAAAAAGAACAAAAUCUGAGAUGAAAUUUUUAGCUGAUCAGGUGGCAUCAUUACCGGCAAUGGACCUUAUGUGGGAGUUGGCAUUGCCAGAAGGGGCGGACCGUGAUCACCCAUUUUGUAACCCAAUGGCGGAUGGACCUCAUAAGAGCAAGCUUAGGUCAUUACAACGAUGCUUAGUCUUUGGUUUUGGAAGGGACCCAUUGGUAGAUCGGCAACAAGAAUUUGUGCAAAUGCUGAUACUUCAUGGGGCGAACGUUGAAGCUUGUUUUGAUGAUUCUGGGUUUCAUAGGAUAGACAUCGUGGACCCUCAACGAGCUGCCAUACUCGAUGAAAUUGCUAAAGGUUUUAUUGAUUCUUGAAUUUCUUUAUGCAAAUGCUAUUUCCUAUAUCUUGCAAAUAAUCGAGCGAUACGAAGUUGA